AUGGAAAGAAGACGUUUACAACAACAAAAAAUGAAAGAACAACAACGUUUUUGUGUUAGCCAACAAGAUUUAACUAAAGCAAUAACACAUAUGAAAACACAACGACAUGCAACAUAUAAUAAUAUAAUGAAUAUUUCAUCAUCAUCAUCAUUAUCACAUUCAAUAGAUACAUUAACUAUUCCUUCAGUUUCACAAAUUAUUAAAGAUUUUGAUGUACAAUCUAUAUCAACACCUUAUCUAAGUGCUCAAGAUUUUAUACCAAUCAAUAAUGAUAUUAUUUCUGAUGAAACAGAAUCUGAUUGUUUUCAACGAAUAUCUACUCGAACAAUAAAAACCAAGGUUAAUAAUAACAACAAUAAUAAUAUUUCUUAUAUCGAUAACGAUCAAACGCUUAGUAGA